CCUGCCCAAGUUGCUCUGCAGGAGGGAGGAACGAGUAAUCCUUAGAUAGCUACUUUUGUUCAGGAACUUAUGGCAAAGAUAAGACGCCAAGCAUCUCUUACCACAAGUGUGCCACCUCCAUCCUCAGUGGUUUCCACUCCUAUGGCCCCUGCUCCAAUUUCCCCUAUUCCGAUUUCUUCUGCUUCUACGGUGUCUAGCUGGAAGGUCUAUAUAGAAUUCCAGAAGGUGGUGACCAAGAGAUUUGAUGGUACCGCGGGUUUUGAGCACGUGGGUUCAUGGAUUACCGAGGUGGAGCGGGGAUUCCGCCUAUUGAAGAUUUUUAAUGACCUUAAGGUCGAUGUAGGCAGUUAUAUGCUUACUGGUGAAGAAUUAACUUGGUGGGAGAAUUAUCUGAAGCUACACCAAGGAGAGCCUGAAUUGAGCACCUGGGAUGGCUUUAAAAAGGUGUUCAUGCAAGAGUACAUACUAGAUAGCAAAAGGCGAGAACUGCAAAGGGAAUUUGCAGAUCUAAAGCAAGGGUCAGGUACUGUUGAGCAAUACAAGAAGGAGUUUGACUGCUAUCUGCCUUUUGUGGGUAGUCAGGUUGGGGAUGAGCUAGCCAAGGCUAAUAAAUUUUUAUGGGGUUUGAAUCCUGAUAUUUAUCUGGUAGUGAAUCAAUUCAAACCCGCCACUUAUAGAGAAGCUACGGAUAGAGCCAUAGAUCAAGAGAAGGCUAUGGCUAGAGUCAAGUCCUCAGGGCAGCAUAGUGUUGGGACAUCCCUUGGGAAGAGAACAUUUGAUGGGAGCUGUAGGUCCCUUGUCCUUACACCGCCUAAGUCUGAGAUCAACAAGGGUUCUUGUAAUAUCCCAAAAUUUCUGGAAUUUUAACAUUAAGUUAAGGACUUUUAUGAAAGGAAAUAUUAUGUUGGGGCUUAAUAGCAAAAUUUGCUAAGUUGAGGGACUUAAAAAGGAAAAAGAUUUUGGAUAAGGAUCAGCUGACUUUUUCUUUUUCUUUCUUUCUUUCUUCCUCAACCGUGCAGUUCUGCUCUCUUUCUUCUUGAUGCUUGCCUCCCGAAAGCCCCCCCCAAGCCACCGACGCACCCUUGAAAAAAAAAUUGGCAAAAGCUUGAUGUUUGUUCCAUCUUUUCUUGUUCAAGAACCCAUUUCCGGACCUAGAAUCCCUUUAAAGCAAAGGAAUUUUUCAAAUCUAGUUGCUGUUUCCUCCCCCCUCCGUACACUGCUAUUGCCAAUGAGAGUGUGAGUUUG